AGGCGGGGCGUGAAGCCGUUGCCCUCCGGGUCAGCCCCCGCGGGAAGCUCGGGAAACCCGGGUCAAGUUCGCCUUCGGCCGCGCCCCGCCCCCUGUACAGGGUUAAUCCAGGGCUGCCGCGUGAAGGCGGUUUGGUGCCCUUGCCUGGUUCUCGGGUUUGGGGCCAAGCGCGGCCGACAGCCCGCAGUAGGCCCUGCGAUCCCCAAAUCCCCUACGGUCCCCCGAGACUCGCCGAGUGCCGCUGCGGAGCCCCGGGACGCGCAGGCAGGGUGGCCGUUGCAGUGAGUGCGGAUGUCCCUGACAAGAUGAAGAGCCGAAUUCCUGUGGUGCUCCUGGCCUGUGGCUCCUUCAACCCUAUCACCAACAUGCACCUGCGCCUGUUUGAGGUAGCCAGAGACCACCUACACCAGACAGGAACGUACCAGGUGAUCGAGGGCAUCAUCUCCCCUGUCAAUGACAGCUACGGGAAGAAAGACCUCGCGGCUUCCCACCACCGAGUGGCCAUGGCCCGGCUGGCUCUGCAGACUUCUGACUGGAUCCGGGUGGACCCCUGGGAGAGUGAGCAGGCGCAGUGGAUGGAGACGGUAAAGGUGCUGAGGCAUCACCAUGGCGAGCUGCUCAGAUCUCUGCCACAGACGGAAGGCCCGGACCACGACAAGGCGCUGUCCCCACCCCCCGCAGCUGUGCCUGAGCUGAAGCUCCUCUGCGGAGCGGACGUCUUGAAGACCUUCCAGACCCCGAACCUCUGGGAAGACGCACACAUCCAGGAGAUAGUGGAGAAGUUUGGCUUGGUGUGCGUGGGCCGGGCGGGUCACGACCCCAAGGGGUACAUCUCGGAAUCCCCCAUCCUGCGGAGGUACCAGCACAACAUCCACCUGGCCCGGGAGCCCGUGCAGAACGAGAUCAGCGCCACGUACAUCAGGCGGGCCUUGAGCCAGGGGCAGAGCGUGAAGUACCUGCUCCCUGAUGCAGUCAUCGCCUACAUCAAGGAGCACAACCUCUACAGCAAGGACGGCCCCCCGACAGGCAAAGGCCCCCAGGGCCAGGAGGGCAAGGCCAGCUAGGGAGGGGCCGCCAGGCUCUCCACACAGCUCCUGGCGGGAGGGGGCUGCAGCGUUUCCGGUUUGCUUUGUUUUGCACUUUUCCAUUUAUUUGUUUUCCUUCUACAAUGAUUUUCUAUCCGAGGAGUCUUCUGUUCCAGGAAGAGAGUCCUUCUUUGGGGAAAAGGAAAUGCCUGCAUCGCGAGGAUAGACAUUUAUCAGCGAAGUUUAAAGGCUAUGACAGGUCAUUUAGGACUGGACGAAAUCUCUCUGAACUGCGGGAUGAAGAAGCCUUAUUCUGGGUGGAUGGUAAUUAUUGCACGCAGGCAGGUUGGUUCUGAGCACGGCAGGCCCCCGGGGGUCGGAUCAGAAUUGCUCACCAUGUAUUUUUUAACUAGGACCAGGUGCAGCGUGCUGGUGUUGAUUGGAAAGAUCUGACAAGAUGCUAAUUACUGAACAGUGGGCUUUGUCGUUUCAAACAGCACAGUACUCACUGAGGAGUCGGAAAUCGGGAAACGGCGCUUUACUCGUUUACAUGCAAUGUUCCCUUACAAACCGUAGUAGCCUGCGUGCCUACUGGCCUCUCGUAAAAUUUAAGCUACACUCUAAGUCACGAUCCUCCAGCAAUAUUUUCGAUACAGCCAGUAUUUUUUUAACCGCUAUAUUAGCAAUGCCAGGGCACCUGCUUUCCAGGUUUCUGAAAAGGAACGGAGGUGAAACAGACGCGUGUUUCAGAGGGUCUUUCUGAAUGUUUUAUGACUGCAUGCCUGUUUGAAUAUGGGCGAAGGGAUAAAUAAUAAA